AUGUCGACCUCCGCACGCCGCCGUCUCAUGCGUGACUUCAAGCGCAUGCAAACCGAUCCUCCAGCGGGAGUCUCAGCAUCUCCGGUCGCCGACAAUGUUAUGACCUGGAACGCCGUUAUCAUCGGCCCCGCUGAUACCCCGUUUGAAGAUGGCACAUUCCGGCUAGUCAUGCAUUUUGAGGAGCAGUAUCCAAACAAGCCCCCGGGCGUCAAGUUCAUCAGUCAGAUGUUCCAUCCCAAUGUCUACGGUACGGGAGAGCUUUGUCUCGAUAUUCUUCAGAACCGAUGGAGUCCUACCUAUGAUGUUGCGGCAAUUCUCACCAGUAUCCAAAGUUUACUCAACGAUCCGAACACAUCAUCUCCCGCCAACGUGGAAGCCUCGAACCUCUACAAAGACAAUCGGAAAGAGUACGUCAAACGAGUCCGGGAGACGGUGGAGAAAAGCUGGGAGGAGUAG